CAUCGCGCACUCUGCUGUCAUUUUCCGCAAUUUUCUUUUUUAUUUUCCAAAACAUCACUCCACACAACCCGUUUUCUGCCACAUCUCGAUCUCGGAAGCCGUCGUUCGUUCCGGCCAGCGAAUUCUGCGGACGUGGGUUACUAAAUCGACCGACUAGCUGGCUAGGUGGACCGGUGCGGCUCCCUGUGAAAUGUGUCUUUUCGCCGAUCGUUCGUUUGCUUGGCGUACAACUCUGUUCCGUUCGACGAGCGACACCGAAACACAGCGAACGAGGGGAACCCUUUAGCCGCUGUACCGUUUUGUCGGAAACCCUUGCGCCACCAAGAGUCUGAUACAUUUUUAAACACCCGUAAUCACACCACCAGUGGCGGACGGACUCCCCAGGGAACACAGCGAAACACAAGCCUUAAUAUCGAGCACCGGGAGGACACUUGCUCCUGUAGGAUCCUGUUUACUAGAGACGGAGCACGGGAAACUAGGGCGUCUAUUAUUCAGCAUUCACACCGCAGCGCACAACACAGCAACGCACACACGCUUUACAGCCGAGAGUUUCCGUUCCGUAGGACUGAAUCGCAAAUGUCAACCAAUCAAUAGAGCAAUAGCGAGGGUAUCGGUCUAGGUUCAAGGAAAUGGCCACAGUCGAAGCGAUGCUGGCAUCGGAGCAAACAACCUGCCCCGGAGGUGGCGGUGGUGGCGGCGGCAGCAGCUUAGGAACGGAGUGGCAACCCAUCACACUCACUUUGGUAGAGUACCCCAAAGGUGACUUGUUUGGAAAGCUGUUGGCAUGGAUCAGCCUUGCACCGCUGGGCAUCGGAGCAGGCUUUGUCGCACUGAUACUGUUCCGGCGUGAUCUGCACACGAUCGUGUUCUUUGCCGGGACGCUCGUGAACGAGUCCAUCAACAUGAUGCUAAAGCACUGGAUACAGGAACCGCGGCCCGUUUCACGUGCACAAAUUUGGAACGAAUACGGCAUGCCUUCAUCGCACUCGCAGUUUAUGUGCUUUUUUGCGACCUACGUGCUACUAUUCAUUUUUAUAAGACUGCAUCACAUGAACAAUAGUAGUAGUGCAAGGAUCGAACGAAUCGUUCGGUUACUGAUGCUGGCCAUCUGCUGGGUGGCCGCGUUUCUCGUGUGCUUCGGUAGGGUGUACCUACUGUACCAUACCGUGCGGCAGGUGAUGAUCGGUGCCCUCAUCGGUUCCGUGACCGGUGGGCUGUGGUUUGCGCUAACGCACUGCGUCCUCACGCCCUACUUCCCGAUGGUCGUGACGUGGCGCAUAUCGGAGCUGUUUCUACUGCGGGACACGACACUCAUCCCGAACGUGCUGUGGUUCGAGUACACGGCCACCCGCCAAGAAGCUCGGGCACGCGCCCGCAAACUAGUGAGCAUGAAAUCUCAGUGACGGUUUUGGUCACCCUGACGGCGCUACUUGUACUGCAAAUAGCAUCACCAUCAUCUCUCCCACCAGACCGCCGCUGCACGGCGCUUGGUGUCGGUGUUGUUGUUGUUGCUGCUCUUCGCGAUACCGUCAUCGUUUGUAGCGUUACCAUUUCAGGGUGAAUGCGAGCGAGCGUGUGAGCGGACAGACACGCAAGAACACACCAUCUGAACGUCUUUUCUUCGCGUAUUUUUUUGAAUUUGUAAUGCCAAUAGAGCACCCGGACCCCAUCGAGCCACCAAGCACGCCGCAUACGCUGUUUGCGCGAGUGGAAAUGGAGCAAUUAAAACCAAAAACCGGAAAGGCAACAUUUUGCAACGCACCUCCCCCACUGCGUUUGCGUGCUGCUCGAUCAACCAACCAAUCAUCCGCUGUGCUAUUAUGAACUGCAUUUACAGACCACGUUUCUGCGACCGGUGUAUAAAGGAAGGAGCGCGAAGAUGUAUGGCCGAUAGGGCGAGACUCGCGGGCAAAAGGGUUCUCAGUAUCGCCAAAGCAUCCUCUCGGCCUUCUGUGGAUAAGAGGCACGUGUGUACCACGUGCAACAGCAGCUAGCCCCCAACCACCCCCUCCUCCUACGCAUGUAAUUGUGAUGAUACACCGUUUCGCGAGUCAUUAAACGGACCUUGCAAGAAGGGCAAAAAGAAAAAAGAAAAGACGAAACUGUAGUAACCGACCGAUGUAUGACACACUAGUGAUGCAGUUUGUUAGUUUGUUUUUUAUCUCUUUCUAACACUGUGAGCAGAGGAACGGAAAUAAAAUAAUGCGUAAAACAAUGGAAAAAUCA